AUGGCCUCCACAUCGACCAAAUUACGUCCAUUGGUUAAGGGAAAAAUUAUUAAAAAACGUACGAAAAAAUUCGUUCGCCAUCAAAGUGAUCGCUAUGAUCGUCUCAAACCAAACUGGCGUAAACCCCGUGGUAUUGACAAUCGUGUUCGUCGACGUUUCAAAGGUGUUUAUUUAAUGCCAUCGAUUGGUUACGGUUCAGAUAAACGCUCACGUCAUAUGCGUCCAGAUGGUUUUCGCGCAUUUCUCGUUAAUAAUCUUAAAGAACUUGAAAUGUUAUUAAUGCAAAAUAAAAAAUUUGCAGCCGAAAUUGGUCAUGCAGUAUCAGCACCAAAUCGUAAGAAAAUCAUUGAACGUGCUCAACAAUUAGCAAUUAAGGUGACUAAUCCAAAUGCACGUUUACGUGCCGAAGAAAAAGAAUAA